AUGAGGCUCUUUGUUUCCAUCGCAGCUUUUGCUGUAGCCGUAGAGGCACAGGAGCUAUAUUUGACGACAACCGGUAAUUCAGCUCGACCACAAUGCACUCAGUUGGAUGUGACCCAGAACUACCAUUUUGAGCCAUUUUCAUACACGCUGAACGAGACUGUCCGAUACGCAACAUCAGUUCCUUCCCCAACGACCACGCGGAUGUACGCCUCCGCAUAUACAGAUGCGGUCAAGAGUUUAUCCACCAGCUGGUCGACAACAACAUGGGGCAGCUGGGUUCCAGGACAAACUGUCAUCAUUGCCACUGACUCAGACGAUCCUUAUGGACAAGCUGCAUGGUCCUCGAUGUGGCAGCAGGCGGAUCUCCAUAACUACACUACCACUGGAAUGUUCUCAACAACCGUCAGUCCUACCCCCGUGCCCAGCAGUGAGCUGGUCUUGCCCCCUCGGGACUACUUUGGGCCCACAGACUGUUAUAAUUUCCCUAAGGACUUCAUCUUCGGUGUUGCGGGCAGUGCAGCACAAAUCGAAGGCGCAGUUGGUCUGGACGGCCGUGGUCCUUCAUUAUUAGAGAAAUUGGUACCCGACAGCAAGCCGAAGGAUUAUGUCACCAAUGAGAACUACUUCCUUUAUAAGCAGGAUAUCCAGCGACUGGCCGCCAUGGGUGUGGAAUACUACAGCUUUACUAUUCCCUGGACGCGGAUCUUACCCUUUGCUCUGCCAGGAACGCCGGUCAACCAACAAGCUAUUGAUCAUUAUGAUGACUUGAUUGAUGCAGUCCUCGAUGCAGGGAUGACACCAGUUGUCACCAUGCUUCACUUCGACAGCCCGCUGAUGUUCGUCGCUAGUGACAAUAUCACGAAGCGUCCUGAUAUCGGCUACAACAAUGCAGGUUAUCAAAAUGAAACCUUUGUUGACGCAUUUGUGAACUAUGGGAAGAUCAUUCUUUCCCAUUAUGCCGACCGAGUUCCCAUUUGGAUCACUUUCAACGAGCCUCUGUUGUACGCAUUCAAUUUCAAGGGUGUUGACCACGUCGUCAAGGCACACGCCCAGAUCUAUCGAUUUUAUCACGAAGAAUUGAAAGCAACAGGAAAGAUAGGGAUUAAGUUCAACGACAACUUUGGAGUACCGAAAGAUGCGAAAAAUUCCAGCCAUAUAUUGGCCGCUGAUCGAUUCCAAGAAAUGCAAUUAGGCAUUUUCGCAAAUCCAAUUUUCUUGGGCAAGCAGUACCCGGAGUCUGUGUUGAAAACACUCCCCGGAGCCCAGCCUUUGAGCAAAUCCGAGCUGAAAUACAUCAACCACACGUCGGACUUCUUUGGCAUCGAUCCUUACACCGCCACAGUGGUGUCUCCUGCUAGUGAAGGCAUCAAAGAUUGUGCGGCCAAUAGAUCAAGCUCAAACUCACUUUUCCCAUAUUGUGUCAACCAAGAAACAAAAAAUGUCUAUGGAUGGAACAUUGGUUAUCGCUCGGAAUCUUACGUGUAUAUCACACCGGCACAUUUCCGAGAGUAUCUUUACUAUUUGUGGAACACUUUCCGUCACCCAGUUCUAGUAUCAGAAUUUGGAUUCCCGGUGCACGCGGAGGCGGAACUGGAGGAGCUUUCUGAUCAACUCUUCGACUCCCCGCGCAGUGCUUAUUACCUUUCCUUCAUGUCGGAAAUUCUCAAGUCCAUCUAUGAGGAUGGUGUGCAUGUUAUGGGAGCGCUUGCUUGGAGCUUCGUUGAUAAUUGGGAGUUUGGAGACUACACACAGCAAUUUGGCAUUCAAAGUGUCAAUCGCACGACCCAACAACGGCAUUACAAGAAGAGUUUCUUCGAUCUGGUAGAUUUUGUGAAAACUCGGCAACCACACAAGAAGUGA